GGCUUUGAAGGAUUUAUUAUAAUAUUUAGCUAUGCUAAAUUAUUGAAGUGACGUUUUAAGACUCAAUAAAUCACUAUAAAACGUUUGUACGUUUGUAUCAAUCAAUAUUAAGAAUGCGAUCAAUAGCCUAAAAAUGUCAUCGUAUGAGAAAUUGAAACUUCUUAUCUGGAAGAAUUUUUUAUUACAAAAAAGACACAAAUGGCAAACUAUUUUCGAAAUAGCUUCACCUGUGAUAUUUUCAUUGUUUUUAAUACUAAUAAGAUGUCUUGUAAAUCCAAGUGCAAAACCAGAUAUUGUAUAUCAACCAUUUCUCCCAACUUACUUCAAUAUAAGUGGCAGAACAUUAGGCAAUCUUACCACAGCAAAGAGAGAAGGAACACUAGCAUUUUCACCUGAAAAUCCACUAACACGGAAAGUAACAGAAGAUGCAAUGGCUAUGGUUGCGCUUGAUAAUCUCAAUGGCCUUUUGGCUCUAUUGUUUGAUACAAAAAUGUUACCACAGCCAAAAGGUUUUAAAAAUUCAAGUGAUUUAGAGAAAGCCCUAACUCAGCCCAAUGUUAUGAACCACAUUUUGGUUGGCAUUCAAUUUGAUGACAAUAUGGCAAAUGCAACGAGUUGGCCCGAUGAUAUAUCUGUUACACUGAGAUUUCCUGCUGUGAUGAGAACUCCUAUGGUAGAACAUCCAUUAAGGGCUAGUUGGAGGACUAACUUGCUAUUUCCUGUGUUUCCCAGACCGGGUCCUCGGGAACCAGAUGAUUUAUAUGGAGGGAAACUUCCAGGUUAUUCACCAGAAAUGUUCUUAGCAGUCCAACAUGCUGUAUCGCAGGAAAUAAUAAAGCAAAAAUCAGGAAAAUCAAUCAAUACAAAAGUAUAUCUUCAACGUCUACCUCAGAUUGCAUAUAGAGAUGAUGAUUUGUUAAUAGCUUUAGAAAGAUUUAUAUCUAUGAUAAUCAUGUUAUGUUUUGCGUACAGCUUUGUUAAUACAGUUAGAGUUGUAACAGCCGAGAAAGAGUUACAACUAAAGGAAACAAUGACAGUUAUGGGGCUUCCCUCAUGGCUACAUUGGCUUGCAUGGUUCAUCAAACAAUUUUCUUUUCUAUUUAUAUCUGUUAUUCUUAUGGUAAUAUUAUUUAAGACUCCAUUCAACUCAACAGCAGCUGGAGACAAGUAUGCUGUUCUGACAUUUACACCAUGGUCAGUUUUGUUGUUUUUUAUGGUGCUGUUUGUAAUAGCCUCGUUGGCAUUCUGCUUCAUGGUCAGUGUUUUCUUUUCAAGAGCGAACACCGCCGCGUCAUUUAUGGGUCUUGCGUGGUUUUCUACCUACUCUGUGUUCAUGCUGACUCAAGUCCUAUAUGAAGAUAUCAGUUUGUCCACUAAGCUUUUGUUGAGUUUAAUAUCUAAUACGGCCAUGGGAUAUGCAUUUCAAAUGAUAAUUAUAUGUGAAGGUACUUCUAAAGGUAAUUUUACAAACUGUAUUAUUUAUUAAUAGGAUCAGGCGUUACUUUGCGGAAUGCUGUUCUAUUAAAGAUGUUAAAGUUAAAUUAGCUAAUAAAAUUACAUUUCUUACCUAGUUUGUAGAGCACCUCCCACCCUCCCUCUAUUGCGUACGGAUCUUUACUUAUAAAUUUUUAACAUUUUAAAUGUAUUAUUUAUAUCUACUUACAUAAGCCGUGUAGUGGCGAUAUAAGAAUAUCCACUAGCCCAUAUCAUCCCGUGGGUGUCGUAAGAGGUGACAGAGGGAAACAAAUCAGGAGAUGGGCAGCAUUGAAAAUUUGAUGGGCAGAUUUGAAAGGGACGAAGAGAGAACGAAGUGUGAAAUAUGGGUAAAUCAGGAAUGUCUAGAACAGGUAAAUGAAAUUGUAUACUUGGGGAGUGCUUUUAGCCGGGAUGGAAGAUGUGAUUUAGAUGUGGACAGGCGUGUCGCUGCCGGGAACAAAGUCAAUGGUGCCCUGACUGCGUUAGUCAAAAGGCAAGGCGUAGCGAAGAGUGCACGCCUUGCAAUACAUAACGCAGUGUUGGUACCGACUUUGUUAUAUGGCAGCGAAACCUGGGUAUGCCAGAAGAAGCAUAAAAGUAAGUUGAAUGCAGUGGAGAUGCGAUCUCUUCGUAAAAUGUGCGGCGUUACCAUGGCCGACCGAAAGCGAAACGAAGAGAUUCGCAAUAUGGCAGGUUUGAAAGAUGACCUUAUCACAAAAAUUGAUAAGGGCGUGCUUCGGUGGUUUGGGCACGUUGAGCGAAUGAGUGAAGACCGAAUGGUGAAGAAAAUAUAUAGCGCGAAAGUUAAUAUUAAAAGGUGUCGAGGUAGACCGAGACUAACUUUCGAAGACCAUGUGAGCAAAUUGCUCGAAGAGGGUAGGGUCAAAAGUACUCGGAUACCUAGACGUGCAUGCAUGAAGAAGAUAAUGAAUCUGAAAGAAGCGAAAGAGGUUUGUAAGGAUCGUGACACUUGGCGAUCUGUUCUCUCUGGCUACCCCGUCAGGGAUUGUGCGUGAAGAUAAGUAGUGGGCAGCAGCGUCUUCCUAAUAUCGACUAAAAAUAAAAAAUAAACUGCAGUAGACAACCCGCUUGCCAAGCGUGGCAACUAUGGCAAAAUAUCCCUCUAUGGGACAAUCUAUAUAGGUGACCUAUAUAUUAUUCUAAGCCAGCGCUUAACUACAAUCCCAUCUAAUGGUAAGUGGUGAUGCAGCCGAAGAUAGUGAAGCGCACUGAUUUAACAAAAGCCUAUUCACUCUUCCCUUGACGACACUCACAUUGUAAUCGGAUGGAAACACAGAUGCUGGCAACUUAUUCCACUCCUCUGCUGUACGCAUGACGAACGAUAUAGCAAACCGGGUUCGAAUGCGUGGUAAGUCGACAACAAAUGGAUGGAGACUGACCGAGCGUCUUCUUGACCGAUGGUGGAAAGGAGAGGGAAGAAUUAAAUUAUGCAUUUCCUGCACACACUUUCCGAAAUGCAUCCUGUAGAAAACCGAAAGGCUGGCUACUUUGACCUAUGUUCAGCAGUGGACUGUAAUAGGCUUAAGUUUUGAUGAAAUAAUCUGUCAACGUAUUAUUAAUGUACUACAGCCUGUAACUGUAUCAUCAGUAGCAUUUGCAAUUAUCGGCACGCUUGCUAUAAUAAAUAUAGUAAUCAGAUUGCUCUGUAGCGCCGGUCUGGUUAUUUUAUAUCUAAUACGAAGUGGAUGUCGUCUAUCAAAGGCCAUGAUAUCUUUUUUGCUUUUGCUAUAUCAUCUUACCACACCAUAAUAAAGUGAAUGAUAAUUUUCCCUAUACCGCAACUAUAUGACUUGCAUUUUACGUUCUUAUGUAUAUUCGUACACCUUACACUUUUAACUCACUGAUGUAUACUCGUAGUGCGACUUCGACACGGUAAGUAAAAAAUAAAUAAAUAACGUAUAGAUUGAUUUAUAACGAAGAAAUUCUUAUGUAUAUAAAACCCGACCCGUAUUGAGGCAAAACGUUAAAUAUGAAAAUAGCAAAUAUUAAUAUAUCGCCACACAAAACGAUUAUUUAGGUAGAAUAAAAUAAUAAGAAAAUAGGUAAAAGAAAAUCAAAAUUUAUAAAACGAUACUUUGGCAUCAUACAGAUAAUUAAUGAAUACCUUGCCGUCGCUCUAGAAAUUGUUAUAAAAAAGGCUCUCUUAUAUCAUAGAUACUCUUAAUUAUAGAGUCUAUCAAAUUCUAUGACUUUCAUGUGUCCGUAUAGACGCAUGUAAAAGUCCUUGAAAAGGUAAGUAAUCCUUAAGCUAUUUUGAUAUGUCUGGCUCCGUAGCGCAGUGGCUUAGCAAUGAGUUACAGCGCUUAGAAUCGCGGGUUGCUAUUCCGCACGGAACAAGUACCUAUUUGUAUGGCCUACAAAUAAUUGUUCCGGUAAACUGUCCCCACGUUACUAGAGAAAAUCCUAGUGUAGAGGUAACUAUUUUAAAAAAAAUAAGAAUAUGUACUUAUCCCUUACAUUUCUCAUUUGUGUAAUCGAUAAUGGUAUGAUAUAAUAUUAUAAUGUUGCAAUUUCAACUUUUGUGAUAUAAGUAAAUGGCGGCGUUGGAGAAUCUAUCAUCCCAUUUCGUUCCGUGGGUGUUACAAGAGGCGACUAUAGGGAAUACCAAAAAACAUUUUACGGCUUCCGCUAAAAUGGCGUUUAGGCCAGACGUAAAAUACCCUGAUUGGCGACGAGCUACAGCGACGAAGAUAAAAUUCGUCUGGUACUGCAAUCGCCAAUCUGCCCGCCAACGCCAGCGUGACGAUUAAGAAGAAAGUAGUAAUUUCAAAAUAACUGUUUAAAUCAGGUAAUAAAUGCGAAGCCAAAUUUUCGAACUCAAAAGUUCAAACCGUCAAAAUUUGCGUCGACAUUGCAAUAAAUUACACAAAUUUUCACAUUGUGGAUGUUUAAGUUCAAACUCGAGAUUGUCUGAUCCACAAGGUCGACCUGUUUAAAUUGUUUCGGUGUUACUAGUUUUUUGUUCUUUUUUUAUGAUUUACGAAGAUACUAAAUAUCAAAGAAUACCUAAUUUUAGUUAAGCGGUCGGUGUGUAC